AUGCCCCCUUCACCCCCCUCCCUAACACUCAUCCUCGCCGCCACCCCCUCCCUCGGCAUCGGCAAAAACGGCACCCUCCCCUGGCCCCAACUCAAGAAAGAAAUGGGCUACUUCGCGCGCGUCACAAAGCGCGUCCACACCCCGCCCUCCACUCCAGGCGCGCGCAGAGUAAACGCCGUGCUCAUGGGGCGCAAGACUUGGGAGUCUAUUCCGCCGCGCUUCCGCCCGUUAAAGGACCGGCUGAAUAUUGUGGUUACGCGGUCGCCGGGGGCGUUUAGCAGUGCAGUGAAGGAAGAAGGGGAAGUGGGGGUGGAGGGCCCGUUGGUGGCGAGUAGUAUCGGGGAUGCACUUGCAAGGCUUCGUUCGUCGCAGAGGGUGGCUGGUGAGGAGGUGCAGGUUGAGCGUGUGUAUGUCAUUGGUGGGGCGAGUGUUUAUGAACAGGCAUUGGAGAUGAGGGAGUGUGAGCGUGUGCUUCUUACGAGGAUUAAGGGGGAGUUUGAGUGUGAUACAUUUUUCACGGGGUGGGAUGAGGGGGACUGGAGGGAGGUGGGGAAGAGCGAGUUAAGGGAGUUUACGGGCGAGGGGGAGAGUGUCGAGGGUGUGGUUGCGGAGCAGGGUGUUGAGUUUGAGUUUUGUCUGUUUGAGAGGAGGGGGGUGGGGGAGUAG